UCUCCACCUCUCUUUAUCACUUCUCUUGCGCGCAUAGCUCAAAAUAUUUCUCCUCCUCUCUCCUUGUCUCUCCAUUUGUCUUGCAUUGUGAUCCUUUUUUUUUUGAGUGUGUGUGUGAGACAGCACCAAUGGCUUGCUUAAAGCUGGCGAUCAUUGACAUGAAGAAAAACAUCAAGGAAGAAGAGACUAGCACACUUGAUGGGACCGUUGAUCGACAUGGUCGCCCUGCAAUCCGACGGAGAACUGGAACAUGGUUUGCUGGAAUUCUAAUACUAGUUAACCAAGGGCUUGCUACACUGGCAUUCUUUGGGGUUGGUGUCAACUUGGUGCUGUUUCUUACAAGAGUGAUUGGCCAAGACAAUGCUGAGGCUGCAAAUAGUGUUAGCAAAUGGACUGGCACUGUCUACAUCUUCUCCCUCCUUGGUGCUUUCCUUAGUGACUCGUACUGGGGACGAUACAAAACUUGUGCCAUUUUUCAGGCCAUCUUUGUCGUUGGUUUGGUAUCACUAUCACUUUCAUCCUAUAUUUUCUUAGUCAAACCUGCUGGUUGUGGGAAUGAACAAACUCCAUGUGGGUCCCACUCGAGCGCCCAACUCGGACUGUUCUACCUAUCAAUUUACCUAAUUGCCCUUGGAAAUGGAGGGUACCAACCCAACAUUGCAACAUUUGGAGCAGAUCAAUUUGAUGAAGAGGACUCCAAGGAAGGGCACUACAAGGUGGCCUUCUUCAGCUACUUCUACUUGGCCUUGAACCUUGGCUCCCUAUUUUCAAACACCAUUCUGGUCUAUUUUGAAGACAAAGGCAUGUGGGCCCUGGGCUUUUGGGCAUCUGCUGGGUCUGCCACCUUGGCUCUGGUCUUGUUUCUUGUGGGGACCCCUAGGUACAGGCAUUUCACUCCUAGGGGGAAUCCUCUCUCUAGAUUCUGUCAAGUGGUGGUGGCUGCAGCAAGGAAAUGGAAGGUUGAGGUGCCACAAAGUGGAGAGGAUCUAUUUGAAGUGAGUGGAAAGGAAUGUUCAAACAAUGGGGGCAGAAAAAUUCUCCACACCCAUGGAUUCAAAUUCUUGGAUAGAGCAGCAAUUAUCACAUCAAAGGAGUGCACUAUGCAAGCCAAGGAAUGUCACAAUCCUUGGAGGAUUUGCCCAGUGACACAAGUUGAAGAAGUGAAAUGCGUACUUAGACUCCUACCAAUUUGGCUCUGCACAAUUCUGUAUUCAGUAGUCUUCACCCAAAUGGCCUCUCUCUUUGUGGAGCAAGGUGCAGCAAUGAAAACUAAAAUUUCGAGCUUCCACAUUCCUCCGGCGAGCAUGUCCAGCUUCGACAUCCUCAGCGUUGCGGCUUUCAUCUUCGUUUACAGGCGAGUUCUGGACCCUCUGGUUACCAGACUACGAAAGUCGAGCCCUAGAGGCCUCACCGAGCUUCAAAGAAUGGGGAUCGGUCUAAUCAUAGCGAUAUUGGCUAUGGUUGCAGCAGGGACAGUGGAGCAUUUCAGGCUAAAACACCCGCAAAAGACUUGCACCAACUGUGAUGGUUCGAGUUCCUUGAGCAUUUUCUGGCAAGUCCCACAAUACGUACUCAUUGGAGCAUCCGAGGUUUUCAUGUACGUCGGGCAGCUGGAGUUCUUCAAUGCGCAGGCGCCGGAUGGAUUGAAGAGCUUCGGGAGUGCACUAUGCAUGACUUCAAUUUCACUGGGGAACUAUGUGAGUAGUUUGCUGGUGAGCGUAGUGAUGAAGAUCUCAACUACAGAUGAGAUGCCCGGUUGGAUCCCGGGCAACCUUAACAGAGGCCAUUUGGACAAUUUCUACUUCCUCUUGGCAGCCUUGACAACAGCUGAUCUUGUGGUCUAUGUUAUAUGCGCAAGAUGGUACAAGUAUAUCAAGUUUGAAGGUAUCAAUAGUGAAGACAACAAUGGAGAAUUCAGGGUGUAGCUAUUGGGGCUCAUACAUAUGCUUUUGAUUGUGAAUGAGUGUUAAAAAAAAAUAAAUGGGGAAGGGAGAGAGAGAGUACUUAGCAAUGAAACCUUGCGAUGAAACUAGAGAAUUGAUGCUGUGUUCAUGCCUCUACGUUGAGCAUGGAGUUGUUGUAAACUAAAGAAAGGGCAAUAUUAGCCUAUGUGUUUGUACAUGGAGCUUCUGGUAUCACUAUCAAUAAAACCAAUGUUGAAUAUCCGAUUUGUAUAAGAAAUCUGUCUUAUAAA